CUUUACUCUCCCAAAAAAUGACGUCCCCACUUCAACUCAACUCUCUCGGCCGUCUAUCUACCUCCCUCUCGCUUUCUGCUCUCUCUUCCUUCCUUCCUUCCUUCCUUCAUCCCACUUCUCGAGCUCUCCAUUUCUCUGCAUCGGCACUCCAAAAUGUCUGCGUGUUUCCUGCACCACCCACUCCGCUGCAGACCCAGACCGCAGCUUUCAGCUGGGUACCUCAUAUUUUCUCUGCUCAUCUCCUCGGUGCUAAUUGCUCGCCCAGCGGUUUUGGACCCGUGUUCUCCUUCCGCCAGCUGCGGGCAAGGGCUUUAUUGUGGCAACUGCCCUGCUUUGGGCAAGAAUCAGCCCGUCUGCACCAGAGGCCAAGCUACCGUGCCCACAUCCAUCGUAAUUGGCGGAUUACCCUUUAACAAGUAUACUUGGUUAGUCACUCAUAAUUCUUUCAGCAUCGUCGAUUCGCCGCCUUUGCCUGGAGUUCAGAGGUUGACGUUUUACAAUCAGGAGGAUUCUGUUACUAAUCAGCUCUUGAAUGGUGUAAGGGGACUGAUGCUGGACAUGUACGAGUUCAAUGGCGAUAUCUGGCUUUGUCAUUCAUUCCGAGGGCAAUGUUACAACUUCACAGCCUUCCAACCUGCAAUCAACACUUUAAAAGAAGUAGAAGCAUUCUUGAGUCAAAACCCAUCUGAAAUCAUCACCAUUAUAAUCGAGGACUACGUGCAUACUCCAAAAGGGUUGAGCAAUCUCUUUGCCCGUGCUGGUUUGGAUAAGUAUUGGUUCCCCGUUUCCAAGAUGCCGAGGAAGGGUGAUGAUUGGCCUACUGUCAACGAAAUGGUGCAACAGAAUUUGCGUCUCCUGGUUUUCACUUCUGUUGCUUCAAAGGAAGCAGAGGAAGGAGUUGCUUAUCAGUGGAAGUAUAUGGUGGAAAACGAGUCUGGAGAUCCUGGAGUAAAGCCAGGCUCAUGUCCAAACAGGAAAGAAUCUAAGCCAUUGAACUCGAAGAGUGCAUCUCUUUUCCUAAUGAAUUACUUCCCCACUUAUCCAGUUGAGAGCGAUGCUUGCAAAGAACAUUCAGCUCCUCUUGCUCAGAUGAUUGGAACUUGCUACAAAUCAGCUGGCAAUCUUAUGCCGAAUUUCUUGGCUGUCAAUUUUUAUAUGCGGAGUGAUGGUCCUGGUGUGUUUGAUGAUCUGGAUCGAAUGAAUGGCCCGACAUUGUGUGGUUGUAGUACUCUUGCCGCAUGCCAGGCUGGAGCACCUUUCGGGUCAUGCAGAAAUAUUACUACACCUAGUACAAGUCCUGUAACGAAUACUGCAGGAAGCAUGUCGUCAAGCCCAGUAGGAGGAGCUGGAACCUUUUCAGGCUCUGUUCAGUUUAGAUCGGCUUCAACAUCCACUUCUCCAAAUAUAUGGGAUUUCUGCUUGAUAACCAUUCCAUUGAUGGCAUUCCUAUUACAGAAAAAGUAAAUGACUACUCAUGGUAUGAGAACUCGUGAUCACACGUGUGAUGUUUCCUUUUCCUUGUCGAGAAGCCCAAGCACUUCCUAGAGAGGAGCUAUGUAAUGGCGAUGCUGAGAACCUUUGGUAUAAGUAGUGACUUCUACAAAAUCAGAGAUAGAUAGUAGUCAAAGUAGAACCAUUGAACAUGUCAAGUAGAGGUUCAGGUUCUCUGUUGGCCUUUUAGCCCCUUCGGUUUAGUUUGGUGCAGGCAGGGAUUGAAGUAGCAAAAUAUGCAGAGGUGCAUAUCCCUAUUUAUUAUCAUGCCUAGGGUUUACUUUGUAAUUCUAUUCAAACACUAUAAUAUAGGUGUUUUGCUUUGCUUUCCACUCCCACUCCCACGCUCCGCUCUAUGUAUUACUCACUUCUACCUUGCUGUAUGCUUGUAAUAGACCAUUUAGGUUACUGUAAUUGAAUCCUUCUAUAGACCUGAAUAUUCAGAAUCAACCUAGCGCUUUGAAUACCCGCUGAGACACUCUUUGUCUGCAGUCGAUGAUGAACAAUGGCUUGGUAACAUUACUCUAGGUUUUCCUACAGAAUCUGUUUGUACAGCACUAGCAAAUUUCGAUCACUUCAUUUAUAUUACAUCUGUGUAUACAAUGAUAGAGGGGGGAAAAAGGAAAACUUUAGUACUUUACAGAACAUUGGCAGGACAAUCACUCUGCACUUUUGAGCAAUUAUUUCAACAAACAAUUGAAAUACAAAAGAACAAAUCUUUACAAAUGAAACACAAAUCGAAUUUCCUCAAGCGACAGGCAACAUAGAAGCCGAGGUAGCACCACCAUUGUUGGACAGCAACCCAGCUGCCUUUAUGUGCAGAGCUGGGCUCAUGGCGAGCAGAGCAAUGAAACAGUCGACUGGAACUCUAGUUCCCCACACAUCCAUCGCUUCCAGCUUCCUGCACUUGUUUACCAGACUAACGAGUCCAACCUCCGUCACAUGACGGCAGCUCCACAGCACAAUACUCUGCCCCAAAUGUGGGCAGCUUUCCGCAAUGGCGAACAAUGAAUCAUCAGUGACGAACGUGCCACCAAUGUUCAGGUGCUGCAAGGAGCUAGCUUUCGAUAUCUGAUGAACGACGCCAUGAUCAGUGAUUCCAGUCAUUCCCCAAAGUGAGAUGGAUGUCAAGUUUGGGACGCAGUUUGCUGCAGAGAUUCUGCAGAGACCCUCGUCGGUUACUUGACAACCCCACCUGCUCCUUGAUCUGGUUAAAUUUCAAGCAUUUCAGUAGCGUGGAAUUAGCAGAACAAAAAAACUCAAGACUGCAAAAACAAAAAGCUCUAGAACAAUCACAAACAUGUCAAGUUCUUUGAGGGAGAAGGCUAGAUGGACGAGACGGGCAGUGGAAUCAUCAUCCAUCUUCCACCCAGCAAAGCUCAAACACCGCCUUCUCCCCACCGACUGCUUCACUCCUUCCUUCCAUUUCCUGCAAACCCCGCUUGCCCAGAGAGGUAAGACUGAAUUACGCCAAAUGGGUUCUCAGGGAAACUUGUGGGGUGUGGUUGUGAAGUCUUAAACACUUUCUCUGUCUCGUGAUUAAGAAGAAGAAAGAGGAGGAGAAGGAAGGGAUAGGGGACCUGGUGGCGAGUGGUAGUACGUUAAAGUUUUAUGAAUCAAGCUUCCCCGUCAUAUACCCCAAAGAAGCUGGAGGAGAGUUCAAAAGGAAUUGAGAGGAAGGAUUGAGAAAGGAUGUUGUCAUUAUCUUGUCAUCACUUCCUUCUGGAAUCUCUCUCUCUCUCUCU